GAGAACUCGAGGCUGCAGCGCACACAUCCAGAAGAAGUAGACGAAGAAGAAGAAGAAAAAGAAGAAGAAGAAGAAAAAAAGGAGGAGGAGCCGCUCUGGCAUGGCGGCCAAGGUGGCGAUGGUGGCCGUCCCGGCAGUGCUGGGCAUAGCCUCCAUCAGAGUGUACACUGUGAAUGAAGCGCCCAAUGAUGGUCUCAUCACUCGAGAGAAGCUGAACGUCUACACCCCAGUGACAAAGUCUGCACAGUCGCAGUUUGUUCAUGACCAGCCAGGCCUCGUUGAGAGUGGCCUGACUACAGCAAGAGAAGGCCUGUUACCCUUUGCCCACGCUGUGAAGGGGGCCUGUGUUUCUGUGAAAAGAGGAAGUGUAAAUCUUUACCACGCUGGAGAGGAUGUAUACUACUACUUGAAAGAUCCUCCCCUGGGUUUCCUACCCAGGUUUGGCACCAUCACGAUGGCUGGCCUGCUUGGCAUGUUCUUGGCACGCAAAGGCUCUCGUUUGAAGAGGAUUGCAAUUCCAUUGGGUCUGAUGAGCGCUGGAGCCUCAGUGUGCUAUCCCAGCCAGGCAGUGGCUGUCUUGAAGGUGACAGGUAAGAAGAUGUAUGCUGCAGGCCAGUGGAGUCGUGCUGCUGUGUCUUCACUUCUCACCUCCAAGUCCUCAGAACCUGUUCUUGCUCCACAGCCACAGGCACCUCCUGUGCAGCCUCCAGAGGCUGCAGUGGUUGAGGAGCCCCGUCACGCCUCAGAGCCUGUCUCAGAUGCUGAGGCGGGAUCAGUGGAGUGUGUUCCAGCCUCUGAUAAACUCAUCAUCGCUAUCACAGCAGAAGAGGCGCCAGUCACACUCACAGAAAUCUUUGCCGAGCAGGUCCCCUCAGAGACAGACUCAGAAAAGACAGAGGCCGCUCCUCCCAAAAAGGAAUCAGUUGGCCCUGUCCAAAGUGAGGCGCCUCAGCUCUUCAACGAAGCACCAGAGGGCGCCCUUGCUGCAUCUGCGAAUGCCUCCAUUGCAUCAGAGGCCUUUAUACCUGCAUCUGAUACCCUGCCUGGGGAGACCACACCAACUCCAGACCCUGAAACGGGAGAGUCUGUUCAAGCCAUUCAGGGUAUGCCUACUUCUGAGACCUCAGAAAAACUAACAGCAGUGCCAGUUGCCGAGUCCAAAGAAGCGCUGACUGCUGCUGUAGAAAAGGAGCUGACACCAGAAGACAUGCCCAUUCAACAGCAGGCAGCAGAACCCAACAAAGAGGGUUGUGGCUAUGCACCAGAUCCUGCACUCUUGGACUUUGGCCAGUCCAACCCGGAGGACGAAGACCUCUACAGCACUCGCAGCUAAAACCUGAUGUCACACAUCUCAUCCUGCUUGACAAACACACACAGCGAAAAGGGUGUUUUUUUAGAUCCUGAUGACACUGUCGUUCCUGCCACACUAUUUCUAUCUCCUACACUAAACAAAAGAUAAUUGAAACUGCAUUCAGUUUGUGUGGAAGGAUAGAUGGCGCACGUGUGCCACAGAUGGUUCCACUCUCUGAUAACUGAUGUUGUGUGGCAGUUUGUCAUUUAGCUCACUAUGUUAGUUACCUGCGAGCAGCUUAUAAUCAUUAUAAAUAUUUGAACAUCAACUUGUGCAAUUUUGUUCUUGCAAAAACUCUUUUCACUUAUUGAUUCAAGAACUCAAAUAAAUUUCUAUUUUGAUGAUUU